ACUCAAUUCAUCAUGUUACAGAUAGAGCAGAACAACUUGUUGAUCCAGAAAACGCUCAGCGAACGAGUCUUCGAUUCUGCUGAUGGUUUCAAACUGUUAGACAGAAUCAUCACCGACUUCGAUUUCACCACCUAUCACAUUCUGACGCUUCCAGACCACAAGCAAUUGGUGCUUGUUUCGAUCUACUUGAAGUGCUGGGACGACUUGAACAAGUACGGCGUUGUAGAGUACUUAAACGGGAAAUAUGCCGAAUAUGCUGGCCCUCUUGCUGUUUUACAAGGCAGCGAUCUUGAAGCUGGCUACAACUACUCGUUAGUGUUGGAUCUUGCUGAAUUGGCUGGUAAAGAUGACGAGUUCAAACAGAAAGUUAUCGACGAAUUGUCAUUUUUAAAGAGACACGCAAUGGCAGCACCUUUUGAGAAAGCCUUUGCUCGUUACGAUGAAUUGGCUAAGACUUAUGCCAAUGCUAAUACCUACUCCGAAGAGAUCCAGGCAGAAUUGCAAAACGAAAAGGUUCUUGUUAUCAAGUACAGAGGCUCAGAUGAAAGUAUCUACAUCAAGCCAUCGUUUGACCGUGUCACUGUGAUAUUCCUGACGGUCUUUCAGGAUGAAACAGACAAGAUCUUUGGCAGAGUGUUCCUUCAAGAAUUUGUUGAUGCCAGAAAGAGAUCUGUCCAGACUGCUCCACAAGUUUUGUAUUCACACAAGGAUGCUCCGUUGGAUAUCCAAAAUGUCGUAGAGGGCCUGAAAGACGACGAAAACAAAGGUUACAUCACGUUUGUGUUGUUCCCAAGACAUCUUGUUAAGGGAGACAGAAGAGACAACUGUAUCUCCCACAUUCAAUUCUUCAGAAACUACUUCCACUACCAUAUUAAAUGCUCUAAAGCAUACAUGCACUCGAGAAUGAGAUUCAGAGUCAAGGAGUUCUUGAAGAUCUUGAAUAGAGCUAAGCCCGAGAACGUAGAUGACGAUGGUAAGGCUAUUGAGAAUAGAAAGACUGCUAGUGGAAGAAGAUUCGACAUUGCUUCAAGAUAAAUACUAAGAUAUAUAAGUAGACUUAGUUAUGUUAUACGAUUACACAAUUAACAUUAGAUAGUAUAUUCAUG